AGUUAUUUCAUUUGAAUUAAAAUAUGGAGGCCAUCAUUUGGUUGUUGCUUUGUCAGAUGAAUUGACAUCAAUAAAAUAAGGUUUAACAAACUUCCAUCAUUAUCAAUCAAGGGAAAUGACAAUUUAUUCAAUUUGAGUUCGAAAGAAGAAAUUGCUUCCCCUCCUCCCUUCUUCUCCUAAUCUUUUGGUCUGCAGAAAGUUGUGACAGAUAAAAAGGCAAAAUGGAUUGCUCUAUCUGCAGUUCAAUGCCAUUUAUUCUUAGGCCUCCAAGGAAUACAAUAUGUGGAGCAUGCUAUGAAGGAGCAAGAAAUGUAAUCACCUUGAUGAACAAGCUUGAAAAUUAUCAUAGUAAAGGAACCGAUAAAGCCGGUAACAUUCCUGGUUCAUCUUCACCAAAUUCCUGUAAGGCAAGCUCCGUUUUCAUGUUUUCUUGUUACUUUUGCUGGCCACAGCCACUUGCAAAUCUUACAAAAUGGAUAACAAGUAUGAAGGAUAUGGAAGAUGAUUUGAAUGAGAAAAUAAGCUUCUUGAGUGGACUUGUUGUGGCUUUCAGAGAUCAAAUACACACUGAUAUUCAGCUCAAGCCUGGCAACAAUGGUCCUUCCAUACCAGCACACAGAGCUUUACUAGCAGCAAGAUCAGAGAUAUUCAGGAACAUGUUAGACUCUGAUUGUUGCAAGGCUCCAUCAAGCGAUACAAUUACUCUGCCAGAGUUGAAUACUGAAGAACUUGAGUCUCUCCUUGAGUUUCUUUACAGUGGGAAUUUGGCUUUAGACAAGCUAGAGAAACAUGUUUACUCGUUGUUUGUUGCAGCUGAUAAGUAUGAGAUUCCAUACUUGCAAGAUUUCUGCGAGCGAUACAUGUUAAGUUCCUUGACUGCCUCAAAUGUUCUCGAAAUUUUACAGAUCUCAGAUGUUAGUUCAAGCAAGACAUUAAAAGAGACUGCCUUGAACUUCAUUGUUAGAAACAUGGAGGAUAUAGUUUUUUCAGCUAAGUAUGAAGUUUUUGCGACCAAGAACCCUCAUCUUGGUGUGCAGAUUACAAGGGCCUUUUUAAUGGAUGCCAAAAACAAAAGAACUAAUGGAGUUUGAUCAUUAUGCCAUUUGACGGAAGAAAUCAAUUGAAGAAAAUAUCUGGUGCAAAUAACCACCAAGAAUGUAGAGAAUACAUUUUUACAUGCAAAGAUGCAAAGCAAUAAAAUUCUGAUUUGUUAUAACAAAUUAUAAUUUCAUUUUCCCUUUCCAAUUUGCCAA